CCUCGGUAUUAUGCACAAGCCCUCAGUGACCUUUUCUUGUAUUCAUGACCUGCGGCAUUAUAAAAGAAUCUGACCACACACCUUAGGGCCAACACUGAGAAGACUUCUGGUACUUCAGGAAGAAUGCACAGGAUGAACGUCGUAAAGGAGGCUCUGUGGGUCAUCGUGUUGUUCUGGCCCAGUGUCAUUAGCGGCAGCAUCCUGCUGGAGUGUUCGGAACAGGAAAACGUUAUCCACCCGUACUGUUCAUCCAUCUCGCAGGAAAAACUUCUAGACAGGUUAUCCAGCAUGCCGAGCUCAUCUACCGCGUCUCCGAAGAGUCAUGUUCUUUGUUUGAGGACAUGUUUGUCCCGUACCCGUUGCGGCUUCAGAGGAACCAGGUGGGAUGACUGCCUCACCAAGGACGUCCCCAUCCCGAGCUCCAUAGGCGAAGUGCAGCUGAUGUCUGACAAAUGGUUGCUCCACUCAGUGCUGAUGCUGGUCCAGUCAUGGAUUGAGCCUUUGGUCUACCUGCAGACAACACUGGACCACUACGACGGCGCUCCGGAAAUGCUCCUCAACAAGACCAAGUGGGUGGCUGACAAACUGAUCAGUCUGGAGAAUGGAGUGGUGGUUCUAAUAAGGAAGAUGCUGAACGAAGACGUGCUGACCACCAGCCACAGCAAACAAGGCUUGCUGCAGUACGACGUGCAACUAGACAUGGUGGAAUCGGUUAUGAGAGACUACGUCUUACUCAGCUGCUUCAAGAAAGAUUCUCACAAGGUGGAGACGUUCCUCAAGAUUUUAAAGUGUAGACAAAACGAUAAGUACAACUGUGCGUGAAGAAUCGCGUGCGGGUUUUAAAUGAUGUUUAUUUUAAUGCUUGACAUAAGUUAUUAGUAGAUGUAGCCCCCCCAGUGCAAUACAUUCCAAAUGUUUAAUAAAAACUACAUUGCUGUAAUACCCUUUCUUCA